AUGGCGAGGCAGUGGUCUGCAGUCAAGAUGCUUGAGCACUUGAGCACCUUUCGCAAUACCCUGAAUUCGGUUCAUGCGGCUGACAUGGGACGAGCGGUGGGUAAAGUUGAGGGCUUCGAAGAAAGCCUCGGUGCUCGGUCCCGUGCCCUUGCGUCUUUGCAGCUCUCCGCCAAGAGCAACUACUCCGGCGGUCAUCGGCAUGCUGAUGGCGACUUGGAUGAAGCCUCUUCUCGUGUGCAUUGUGGCAAGGUUGUAGUUGUGGGCGAAGUGGACUUGCGCAAGGACCCUACUGCAAGGCCGCUGAUUGCAGAACGGCUACACUUUUUGGUGACUCCUGGUUUUGACCCCAGAAAGUUCUUUGACAAAAGCAUCUUGCAGCUGCACGACUUUCCGCUGACUCAUGGCCGUGACCUUGCAACGGUUGGAGAACCUCCCAAGGUGAGCAGAUUCGUGCGAGCCCGAAGGCAAAGCUUGACCUCUUCAAGAAGAUGGCUGCGGCCUAUUUCUGAGGGAAAGUUUCUGGACAAGUACCGCAGUGGUUUGUUCGCCCUGCCGAAGGAUGCCGAGAAAGAUAGAAUGGUGCGUGGUGGGCGUCCAGCUGCCAUGGUGGACCAGGGCCAAAACAAAUGGUGUUAUUGGAUGGCCAGCGCUGCAUGCCUUGCUUCCAUCUACCGUGAGCCCGAUAAGGGCAGCCUCACCUUGGAUGAGGCAAAGUAUGUCUUUGGGCCGGAGUUUACAUGGCACUUCCCAAAGGUCACUGUCGGCCUGUCUUCAUUAGCUAUGGGAGACUUCUGUCGCUGCUGCGCGGUGGAGUUUGCACAAUGCUCCCAUUUGGGAUUGUUGCUGCAGCACGGUGUCUCAAAGGUUGCUGAGCUCUUGUCCCUGCGUGGGGCAAUUCCUAGAGUCUUAGGAACAGUGGUGAACCUCCGUGCGCCUUAUGCGCCGUUUGUGAUGGCUGCAGUGAAGGCAAAGCUGGACCCGGCGGUGGCGCAGGAAGUUGCUUGUCAUUGGCUGCGAAAAGGGGUUUGGUCCAAGUCUCUUCCGCCUGGAAAGGCGCUGCUUCGACAACAUGGUCUUCUCCCUGUCGAUGAGGAGCUGCCGGAGGAUGUCUAUAGAUCCCACACUUUGUGGGAGAUACUUGCACGUGGACUUUUGUACAGUGAGUGCUGGCAGUGGGGAAUUAACAAAACGAAGCACAUAAACAUCCUGUUGUUGCAGGCCCUUACGUUGGAGGAGAAGCGCAAAGCCAACUCGCGGCCCAGCUGCCGUUUUUGGGCCGGAAUGGGUUCCCAGGUGGGUCACACGAUGGGUCUUGGAGCAAUUGUGAAGGGCCGAGCUGCUUCUGGAAGCUUCAGCGCUGAUUUGCAGCAAGGUGACUUUGCCGCCUUCGACGUGUGGAUGGAGGCGACUGGUGCUCCUACUGGUGAAGUCCUGCUGCCCUAUGCUGACAUCUGUGGUUCACAAGAGCUUGACCUGAGACCCGCCAAGAAGGUCAGACCGCCUGCGAAAAAGGUGUCACCUUCAGCAGUCGGCACGAAUGUCUUGUCCACAAGCCCAUUGCCUCCAGUGCGGAGGUGCAAGCUUUCCGCUGAGGCUGUUGAGUUUCUGGUAAAGCUUCCCACGCAGCCAGUUCUUCUUCAAAGAAGGCGCGUGCAGUUUUUUGGAGCCUGGUGGACUGGACCUUUGCAGUGGGAAGUUUGGUGCGGCGAAGAUGAUGAUGAAGUAUAUGGAGCCCCCUUCGCCAUCACCUUCGAGUGGAACAGAAGUGCGGCAGAAAACUUGCUGGAUGAGAAGCUCAGGGCGAAGAUCACAGCUAUGAUACGUGCAGGAUGCUUUCUUACUAUGGAGGCGGCGCCAAUUUGCUCAGGCUUCUCUGUUGCAGUGACGCCACCAGUGCAGAGUUCCAGGUAUCCGAGAGGCAUACCAGGGCUGCGGCAUUUAAUGCGACAGAAAGUUUCAGAUGGGAACUCUCACAGCGAUUUUUUGCAUGAUGCUGUUGCUGAAUCUGAAUGCAAAUCCCUUGCCUACUUUGUGGAGAACCCGGACCUUUUGUGGUUUUGGCUGCGGAAAAAAUGGAGAAGGCGGAGGGCGAGUGCAUCGAAGGAGCUCUUUAAAUGCUCCUUUUGCCACUUUGGCAUUGCUUUGGCGUAA